AUGGACAACGACUCAACAACGAUAUCCAGAGCCCGUGCAGAAGUAAAACCUGACCUACAAAAGCAAUAUGAUAGAAAUCACCUUCUCAAGGACUUUACCAAUAAACUGUAUGAUCUCAGGAAAGCAAGGAAUUUCAAGGAGCCCACACCAAAAACAAUUGCACACUUAUCGAAAUGUUUUCGAUACUGUGUAUCACAACAUCAGGAAGAUGCGGAUAAAAUGAAGACAAAUUUAUUGGCACUAGGUAAACAUGUAUUUGGAGACCAUUCUUAUUGUGGUUCAUGGUGUGAAUAUUUGCAGAACCCACUAAAGUACAAACCCAAAAACCUACCCUACAGCAGGUACCUUUGUGAUGAAAAUUUAAAGACUUCCGUUAUGGAUUUGCUGAAUAAAUACGCAAGUGAAGCUGAUAAGUUAACCCAUUUAGGUAGUUCUCAGCCUAACGAGAGUCUGAACAAUACAGUUUCCAGCAAGGCACCUAAAGCCAACUUCUACUCUGGGUCACAGAGCAAUGACUAUCGAGUUGCAGCCGCCAUUGCCCAAAAAAACCUGGGUUAUGGAUAUGUUUCUGAAGUGUGUCAGUCUGUGAUGUUAUCUCCUGGAGAAAUUACCAAAAAAGUUUCAAAGGAUUAUGACCAACAGAGAGAGAAG